AUCGUCGCUCAUCAGUUACAUCGUCAGCAGGUGCAAGUGAAAUUUAUCCUCUCCGGUGAUUAGCUUUUAGACAGGUCCAGAAUGAAAUCUUACUUGGCUAUCGCUCUGUUACUCUGCACAUUGGCAGCUGUUACUGUUGAAGGAUAUUACUAUGGAUAUGGUGGAUAUGGCAGAGGUUUAUAUGGAGGAUUCUUUGGUCGUGGCCUAUACAGUGGUUUUGGUGGAUAUUAUGGAUAUCCCUACCGCGGGUACGGUUAUGGUGGGUACCACGGAGGUCUGUACUACAACCCAGUCCAUGGACUUCACACCCACAGCCACCAUGAUUUUGACCAUCCCGUUUACUGAUCGUGCUGUUAUCCCAGGUUAAUGACCUGGUUUUACUGAUUGAUGUUAAUUGUUCAACUAUUAUUAAAAUUUGUAUAAAAAUAAUAA